AUUAAAACCCUUGUAAAACCUUCGCUCCAAUCAAAUUACCGGCGGCCCAUUAAUUUACAGCAUUGUCGGAGUUUGAUUCCUAAAUUAUUUUGAAAAAGAUGAAUCGUUAUACCUAGAUCUCUCCCUAUUAUCAGCAUUAAGGUCGCCGUUCUCCUCGUUGUCGCUCCGUGUAUUUCAAGAUGCUUCCAUUAUCUCUGCUUAAGACGUCACAAGGACAUCCUAUGCUGGUGGAGCUGAAAAAUGGUGAAACUUACAAUGGGCAUCUGGUGAACUGUGACACCUGGAUGAAUAUACAUCUUCGCGAAGUGAUUUGUACCUCAAAAGAUGGUGAUAGGUUCUGGAGGAUGCCUGAAUGCUACAUCCGUGGAAACACUAUAAAGUAUCUUCGUGUGCCAGAUGAGGUGAUUGACAAGGUUCAGGAAGAAACCAAGAACCGUACCGAUAGAAAGCCACCUGGGGUAGGGCGUGGAAGGGGAAGAGGUAGGGAUGAUGGUGGUGGUAGAAGGCAACCAAGAGGCAUGGGGCGUGGCAUGGAUGAAGGAGGUGGUAGAGGGAGGAGCCAAGGAGGCUAUGGAGGCAAUCCCAGCAACAGAGGUGGAGGCCGUGGUCGUGGAUGAAUAAUCUGUCAGUGAUGAAAGAACCAUAUUUUGGUGGUUUUGUUUUUGUUGGGGGUGUAUAAUGAAUGGAUCCAGCCUUGUGGUUGUGGGUGUUAAAAUGAUGGAUUUGGUCUGUUGUAAAUUCAAGUAUUAUUCUUGUGGUAUUUGUGUUUUUCUUCUUUAUUAUUUGAGAGAUUAUUGUUUAUGAGAAAAAA